UCAAAUCUUUGGUUCUCGGAAAGUCGUUACUUUUUGCCGCCAGACAAUUACCUAAAAUAAUAUAGGCCCAGGUUUCGUAAUAGCCACUAAUUUAAUAACCAAAAAACAAUAGUGACUAGAAACCCGAGCACGACUUAUGAAAGUGAAAUUGCACCAGUUUAAAGAAGAAAUUUCAAAUGCAUGUCUUAGGCAUUAAACUCUCGUCAUCGUCGUCGCCCGGCUGUACGCAUGUGUGAAAAUCUGCGAGCCAAGCCACAGCAUUAAGGUAGUCCAUCAAUUAUCACCCCUGAACUUGGCGCAGAUCGCUGGAUGGUAUAAAAGCUGGAAACCCGGCUUCGAGCUGCAUCAUUCGGUUCUGCAGUGACCAACCCAAGGGAUACCAGCUUUUAGUUUAAAAUAAAAAAUAUUUAAAAAAUAUCUACAACCAUGCACAAGAACACCAUUUGGUAUGGAGCCGUGCUCUUGGUGUUGUACUACACUCUGGUGUUCUGCGAGGAGCCGGAGAACGCUGGAACGCAGCCUGCUGAAGUGGAUAACCAAGCGGAGGAUACCUGGGAGAAUCUUGGACGGGAGCUAAUGGAGUUCGAGGGACGCACUCGCCGGCAUCGUCAUCACAUGUUUUGGUAUCGCCAUCUGUGGCCCAUUGCCAUUGCCUACUGGAUCAAGGUGAAAGUGGUGAUUGUCUCCUUCUUUGUGGGCAGCGCCAUAUACUUGGGUCUUCGUUACUUCUGGCCACAUGCCAGGUGCAAUCAGGAGAUCAUCCUGGAUCAUCCACCCUCAUCUUACUCCCAUCACGAUCACAUUCCCUACUCCCUGGACCAUGAUCACUCGGAGCAUUAUGAAUCGCCACCCACUUCCUUUGACUCUAGCUCCAGCUUCGAGCCCUAUUCGGGUUAUAGCAGCUAUGCCGGCUCGGACAUAGUCUCUGACAUACACAGCGAUUACCAUGGGGAGUCUGCCUCGGGUCCUGCUGGUCCCAGCGGACCCACUGGACCCUCCGAUACGCGUCGUCGUGGCAGGCGUAGCCUUGAAGAAGAUCAGGAGGAGCCAGAAGAGCAGCAGCAGGAGGAUGGUGAGGAUGAGCAAGUGGAGAUUGUGGAUGAGGAGAUAACCGAAAGUGUGGCCCGCCAAAUGCCCGCAGAAGAGCAGAUUGCUGACUUUAUGUUUGCCUUUUUGGGUCUGGAUUCCAAGGCCUGUCGCCGGCGCUUUGUUUGCGAAAUGGAGUUCCGCUCCAAGCUGAAUCCCAUGACCAGCAUGGCCUUCCGCAUAGUGGGACGCGGCUUCUUUGAGAAGUACACCAAUGCCAGAAAUCCUCUGUCCAGGGCCACCAACUUUGGCGAGUGUGCAGCCGUGAAUCCAGAGUGCAUAUUUGUGGAGAAUGGUGAAGGAGAGGGUCAGCAGGCGGAGGAGCAAUCUCAGCAGGUGGAACAGCAGGCGGAGGAGCAGGCUCAGCAGGAGGAAGUAGCUGCCACUGAGGAGGAUUCCCAAAACGAGAUAAACCUGCAAGCGGAAAGACGCCACGCCAAGCACAAGAAUCGCAAGCUCAGCUCCAUUGCCGAGCACAUCCUGAUGCACUAGAGAGCUUU